AUGAGCCAUCAUUCAGAAGACGAUGAGGAUGACUACAUGUCCACAAAAUUUUUAGAAACUGCUCAAGAAUUCGAAUCGAAAAGACAAGAAUCGUACAGCGAGAAACGUAAACGGCAAUUACGCGAACAGCAAGAGAAAGCCUACAUCAAGCCUCGUGCACAACUAGAAGCCGAAGAACGAGAAAAGGGUCUUCAGAAAUCAAUUGAACAAAGCAACAAGGGCAUGAAGAUGCUGAUGAAAAUGGGCUUUAAACAAGGACAAGGACUAGGCAGCAGUAAAGGUGGUUCCUCUUCUGGCAUUGCAGAACCUAUCCAAGUGGAUUUGAAACUGGGACGUUCUGGUAUUGGCAUGGAUUCAGAAAUGCGUAAACGAGAAAGAGAACAGGAGGAGGAAGAGCUCCGUAAGAGAGUUCAUAUCGAUCCAGAGGAAUUUCGAAAUCAAAUGGCAUCAAAAGCAAAGGACGCUCAGUUGGUGAGAUAUGUCAAUGCUGCUGUGUCUAUAUGCGAGAAAUUGGAUGAGGAAAAUCAAGUGGAAUCAAAUAUAUUAUGGACCUUGAAGCCACCGCCACCGCCAACAGUUACGUCUACAGAGCCAGAGGAUGUCGAGCAAUCACAGCAACAGCAGUUAGAAAAGGAGAAGGAGGAGGCGGAGAACAAGGAACAAGAGGAGGCUGAGCCAACAUACUCUCCUGAAGAAGUGGAUGCGCUGAAAUCAUUGCCACUGGAUGAUCAGCUCGCAAAACUCGUUGAUUAUCUGCGGGAGACAUACUUUUAUUGCUUUUGGUGUCGUGCCAAAUACGCAGAUCAAGCUGAUCUGGAUGAAAACUGUCCUGGCACAAGCGAAGAAGACCAUUAA